ACAAACUUGUUCAUUCAGGAAAUGCCGAACGGCAGGGAUGUUUUGUUUUGUUGUUAAAUUUUGUUUCGUAUUUCGUUGAAAUAAACGAUAAAAGCCGUCAUUUUACGUUAAUUAUAUUUGCCGAGGAUUUUCUGCUGCUUACCUUCUAAUUGAACACUAAACUCUGAUGGAUUGCCAGAUGUUUCUCAUCGUUGGCGACGAUCGACACAGGCUCAAGGAAGGAAUUACGCUCAUCGGGUCGGCGGAGAACGAUCGGUACAGUGUUAUCCGGUUGCAAGAUGGGUCGGUAUGUCCUAAACAUGCAGCUAUUCGUUGCACCCCAACGACACGAGAUGCCCACGUGAUCGACCUGUGCUCCCACGCUGGCACGCUGCUAACGGAUGACCGCGUUCGAAGCAAACGAAUACCAGCCCUGGAAUGGCAUAAAAUAUAUGGCAACAAAAUAAAGCUUGCCUUCGGAACUACCGUAUGCCAACUGGAGAUAUCCAAUGGAGACCGGAAGUCUAAUAUCAGCUCUGCUUCUUUCUUUGACGGUUCCAUCGAUUCAAUCGAUUGUAGCCUGGAUGAAGCCCCACAGAUACGAUCCCGGCUUGUUACAACAAAACAAUCCAAUAGUAGUAGUAGUAACACGUUCGGUGCCAGUGCUGCCAUUCAAGAACACAGCGUGUCGACAUCAGCAAAUAAUGUAUCCAUCACACGAGAGAGCUUUAUAGUUCCCUCAACGCAACAGAUUGCCGAUCGAACCAGUCUCGUACAUAAUUCCACGUCAGCUAAAGAAUCUCGGAACAGUGUUCAACAGGCUAGCGUAGACGAUGACGACGAUCUGUUCUACAUUCCGGAAACACAGGAAUGUAUCGAGCAAGCUAAUGAGUCGGAGAUUAUUGGUCCAAUCAGUAACACCGGUGUCCGUGACGAGAAGGAGGACGAUUUUCUACCGUUCGAAACCGAGGACGAUGAAAAUACCGGUGAUGGUCUUUUCAACAAUCCUUACGUCGAACAGUCGCAAGAUCUUGUACAGAAUUUAGAGAAAUCGAAUAAAACGAACGAACACCGAAAAUCUAUUCAACCCGACCGUUCUGUCGAUUCUAUUUCGUUCCGCGGAAAACUGGUACCGGAUGAAACCGAUGAAGAUUUAAGUAAAAUCGAAUGGAACGAUUCGAAAGCUACCAGCACUGGUAAAGUUGGCGAGGAAGAUGUCAGUAAGGAACGAGAGGGAUCUGUUACUCCUGAUAUUUUAUUUGACCGGCCAGAAUCUGUGCGAUCGUUAGGUUUACUGAUACCCCAGGAAGGCCGCGUGGAAUCUGUUACACCUGAUCUUGAGUUUGAUCGAAUAACUCCACAGCAACCAGAUCCGACCUUAGCUAGGAAGCUGUCGCUCAGAAAAGAUUCAUCCGAAAGCUUAAAGGAACCCGUGCUAGAUAUAGAUGAUGUACGGGUCGAGUCUGUAACACCUGAUCUUGAUUUUGAAAAGAAAAAUCCGGAAGAGAUCUCUGAGGAAGACCCAUAUCUACAAGAAACACAAUUCCUGGCUCCUGAACCCAACCCGGGCGUCCAUGCAUCGACCAGUGCCUAUGACUUGGCUACCCAGUUAGAUCCUCUAAUCAGUGGUAGGGAAUCAUCUAAAUUCCAAGCCCCUACCACUUACGAUGUGCUCACCCAGAAAUUGCCCGGUGUGAAACUAAACUCCACUCGAUCUUUACAACGCGAAAUUGUUAUCCCAGUGAAUGAUUUGCGACGGAACAGGAAAGACAUUUCGAUUCGAGUCAACAAAGAGAUUGAGCUGGAUCCGUUCCUGCUUGCCACUCAACCACUGCCCGUGGAUGGCUUAUGUGACGUAUACGAUCUGCAGACGCAACCCCUAGGGAAGCACGCAGAUGAUCAAGUUGUAGUAGACGAUGAUAACGUAAAUGAUACGGUUCCAUUGUUAUUACCAGUCCCAUCACCACCACCACCACCUAGCGAUGAUAUCUACGAUUUGCAAACACAGCUACUGGAAGCCAAAGGUUCUUAUAGCAGUUUACCCGAUGAUGAUCCCGAAAUGAGCAAGCUCUUCCGACCACCUGUUAACAGUACCUGCCGACAGUCGGUGCUAGUGAAGCAAAUCGAUUCCCACGAAGAGGAACAGGAAAAAAUCAUGAAAACUGGUCAGUUGAAUAUUUCUCCAUCUUCCAACAAGGAAAAUCAGGAUGAGAUAAGCCAGCCAGACAAGAUAAAGUUGGGCGUUGCUAAAAGAAAACUGUCCGUUCUCGCGCCAGAGAACGAGGAUACAGUGGAGCUUAGCCAAUCGGACGAAGAGUACUGUCUAGCAGCAACGAUGCCCAUUACAGAAGCUGGUAAUCAGAGUAAAGAGAGCAACACAUCAACCAAAAAAACCUCCCGCAAAAAGGGGAAAAGCGUCUCUUCGAAGACCGGAUCCGCUUUCAAAGUACCUGAUAACCGUAGCGUAACGUCCAGCACCAAAAGUUCGAUUACAAGCGCACCGCAGACACCUCACCCACAAGAGGGCUCUGGUUCGGAACCGUUCGAUUUUAAUACCCCGGAGCAUCCUUUCCUGAACGUGGUAAAGAAGGAGAAAAUCUUAGCCGUAUCAGAUAUGCUCAAAAGCCAUACCACAGUGAAAACCGAUAACGUGACGCGUAAGUACAAGUACAUUUUUGGCGAUAGUUCCGAUGAGGAUCAGGAACCGAAUGAACCAGUGUUUGUAAAAAAAGACAGCAAAAUACAAGUUAUGAAAUAUGAUAAAGAAGAGAAAGCCGAGGUAAAGAAAGCCAAGGUUAACAAGAUUCCGGAGAGACGAUCAAAGCGAGAUAAAAAGAAGACUGAGCGAUAUUCUGAUGAUGAAGAGGACAGCAAGAGUACAAGGUCAGCAAAAUCUAAGUCGAGCAGAGGAAGCACUCGAAGUAUAGCCACUGAUAAUACUUUAAAACCGAAGGUUGAUGAAUCAGUCGAUUAUCAGCCGCUUAAGAAACUCGAAGAAUCAACUAAAACCAGAAAGAGAAAAGCUGCUGAAGAACCUACUGUGACUGUUCCUGUCGUCUCAGAUAGUAUAGCCCCAAAAGCAAGCAAGUCUAAAAAAUCUGACAUUGAGGCAAUCGAGCCGAAGGCCGGUCCUUCGAAAUCCGACGAGCAACCUAUGACGAAGCGCUCGAGUCGUCUCCGUCGAGCGGCAACAGAGGAGAUCAAAGUAAGUGAUCCAUCUAAGGCAGUCAAUAAAACUGUCCCUACCGUGGAGGUAAGUCAUGACAAAAAAACCGACCUCGCUAUACGCAUCCGACCAUCGAGACGAGUAGCGACAACAGUCAUUGGUAAGCUUCCCACCGAUGCAGAUGAAGAUCAAGCUGUAUCGAGUGCCUCGGAAGCAGCCAACACCAGUGCUUCCGGUUCGGAGUCAUCCGGUACCCGCAAAUCGUCUCGGGCCGCAAAACCGCGCCUAAUGUUCACGAAGAUGAGUCCGGAACCGUACAGGCGCAUGAUAACGAGAGCUGCGUCUCGAAAAAUGCAACGCUAAUAUCAUUCAAACGCUUUAUCUAGGGUACCGAUGGAUAUGAAUAUCGACAUUUUGUAGUUUGUAGAUGUGUUUUUUUUGUUAAUUAGCGUAGAUUUUUUUUGUUAAUCAGCGUAGAUUUUUUUUUGUUGAGAAUUUACAUUAUUUCUUUUCAGUUAUGCUGCGAAUUAGACAUGUUUUGUUCCGCUGUAGCAUAAGCUUGCUUUGUAAUCCAGUAGAAAAAUAAUAAAUGACAUUCCUUUCAAAUUAGUGCAUGCUUUCUCAGGGGCGCAUUCUAUGUAGUUCAUCAUACUAAGCCAAUUUAUACAUUUUUGAUAAGACGUCAUUUCCCGAAAAACCAUUUCUAGGAAAACUAUUCCCAGGAAACCAAUUCUCGGAAAGUGUCAUUCCCCAGAAAACAUCAUUCCUCAGCAUGUCGACCAUCCUGAAAUCUUUAUGUGAUCAGCUGUCAAUUCAAUCAAACUCAGUAGUGAACCUAGUGGUGAUUACAAUUACCUUUAAAUAGACCGCUACAUUGUGCACACCUUUGUUGUGCUUUGGAUUGUUCGCUCUACAGAUAUCACUAAACAAUAUUCCAUAGCGAAUAUCACAUCACAUCGAUGAUAGAGCAGUGAGUACAUGGCCAAAUUCCCCCUGAUGGUGCAAAACUGAUAAGCAACGCAACAAAUCUUAUUUCUGUCUUCUUGUUCAAUAUUAGUGUGAUGAGCUAGAGACUGGUAUCUGGGAAAAUACACAUCGUUUGAUCUGGUUAGGAUGAUGACUGAUAUCUCAUGUUUUAGUCGAUGGUUCAUCUAUUGAUUAAGUGGGACCUUCUAUAAAUUAGAAUACGUACUUUAUUAAAUUACUAUAUUCUCACAAUCGUAAGUCCCUCUCAUAGGCUGAAUCAAUUGACAGUAAUUUUAACAUCUUCAAGCAAUAUUAUAUGCAUCGUUAGAAAUAAAUU